AGCAUUGGCGCGGUUGUGUAACAGGAAGUGAGAGUGUGAGGUUUGCACGCAAGCUCAUUUUUUUCACUAUUUGGUUUUGCGUCAAAACUGACAAACAGAUUUCUCGAGGACGUCGGCAAAGUGCUUCAGAAGCCCUCCUUUGUUGUCAUUAUUAAGCAAAAGCUUAUUUGUGUUUUUGGUUCGGCUUUUUUGUCAACUCACUUUUUACAUGACUGACAGUCUCUUUUAAAUCCCAUCCAUGUCUAUCUUCCCAUUUGCCUAUUGAGAUCCAUUUCAGAACUUUGUUACAUUCAUGGUUAGGCUGUAUUAUUGGUGAUACCACGUGCCGUGCCUUUGCCGGGCGAGCGCCCAUUCGCGCACAUGCGGCCUUGUUGUCUCUGAGACUCGACAUUAAUUUAAUAAAAAAACGACAUCCGUGUCCACUCUUUGUCCAUCUGAGCCGUCUGUGUCAAUAAAGUUUGAGACCAUUGAACAAAAGCUGAUUAUCUGGUCAGAUUACAAGCGUGCAGAUACUUUUGCGCUUAAUCUGCUCAGGAUGUCCCCCGCCGGUAACACGCUCGUCACAUUUGCAGCGCCGCUGCUGCUGCUGUGGAUGUCGGUGGCACCGCUUUGGGCCUUCGUGGAUGAGCUGGAUGACUCCUUGUUGCAGACCAGGCAAAUCGAAGACAUUUGGCUGAUUAAAUUUUACGCUCCUUGGUGCCGGAUCUGCAAGCAACUGGACCCGACCUGGCACGUGAUCGGCUCCGAGCUCAAGAGCGUCGGAUCGCCCGUCAACGUGGGCAAAUGUGACGCCGUCGCCAACACGGGCUUGGCCAAAGAGUUCAAUGUUCGCACCUACCCCGCCAUCUUCAUGUGGAAGAACGACGAGAAGUAUCUUUACUCGGGUCCCCGCACCGCAGACGCCAUUGUUGAGUUUGCUCACAGAGUUAGUGGUCCGCUGAUCCGACCUUUGACCAGUGUGCAGCUUUUCCAACACGCCUUAAAUCGCCAUGAUGUCAUGUUUGUGUACAUCGGAGCAUCAUCGCAACUCAAAGGGGAGUACUUGUCCGUGGCUCGGGAGAUGAUUGUGUCGACCUUCUUCUUCUCCGCCGGCAGAGACGUCGUGCCCAAGGCCGUGUCGCUUCCCGCUCUUCCGGCCGUGGUGGUCUUCAAAGAUGGCGAUUGCUUUGGUUACAAUGAGGCCAGCGACGGCUCACUCAAGGCCUGGAUCAAGAGGGAGAGAUUCAGAAAUUACGGCAAAGUGGACGACCACACACUCUAUGCUAUGGGAGACUCGGGAAAGCUGAUCCUGUUGGCGCUGUUGGACGAGGUCAACGCGAGCCAACAAAACCUCAGGUUCAGGUACAAAAGCCUGGUGUGGAAAAUUUCGCAAGACUACAAAGAAGUCUACAGCAGAAACAUUCAUUUUGGCUUCAUGGAGGGCAGUGAAUACGUCAGUGGGCUCAUCAUGGGCGAGCUGCGCCUUCCGGCCAUCGUCAUGUUGAAUUUGUCGACAGACAGCUACUUCAUGCCGCCGGCUUCACUGGAGACGGAGCGCCACCUCCUGGACUUUGUAGAUCAGGUUCUGGACGGCAGCAUUCAGGCUCACGGAGGAAACGGGCUCCCUCAGCGAGUCAGACGCUUCAUUUACGACACCAAAGUCACGUUCUUGCUGCUGUUGAGCGAGGCUCCGGUGCUGGGCUGCUUCCUGGUGGCCAUCCCGUUUGGCCUUUUGCUUUUCGUGUGCUUUGUGUGCCUGAAGGCCUGCUCCGACUACGGAGGCCAGGACGACGACGACUACAACCGGCCCGUGUUCUCUCGGAGACAAACAGCCGACAAGAAAUCAAACUAGAUGACUCUGAUCGGCAGAAUGCCAAAAGGCCGCACGCUUCAAAAGUCACUGAAGCCGAUUUAAAACGAAAUCCAACCACUGAUGACUUUUAGGUGACUUUUCCAUAUUAGUGUGAAAGAGAUUCUGGCGUUAGUGUGCCGUUAGCAUCGUGUACUUCUUUGCUUUCGAGAUUUUGAAUGUCAUGCAACAAACGCAGAGAAAAACUGUAACUCCUAACUGUGACGUCAGGUUUCUUAAGCACCACAAUCAAUUCUUUCAAAAUAAAAGAGAUUUCCCUUUCUGCUA